GCCAGCGCCGACAGCGCCGACAGUCGAUGGCGCAAGAAACGUUUGUACUUUGUUUCAACAGGAGCUUCCCGGAUAACUACCCCGCAGUAAGACAUCUCGAUCUACAACUUGGGUAUUCUUUCCUGUUCAUCGUAGAAACAUGUGAAGGGCGUUAAGAUCGUGAUAUUAAACACGCGACGUUCGGGAUACUACAUUGUUACGAGAUGGCUACUACUAGUCACCUUCCGUCUAAAAUUCUCAUAUUUGGGGCGACAGGAGCUAUUGGCAAGUAUAUUACCGAUGCCAUCCUCUCAGCCGAGGCCCUUGCCACCCAACAAAUAUCCAUAUUCACAUCAGCCGUUACGGUCUCGAACCCUGGCAAGCAGGCCCUGUUAUCCUCGUGGGAGUCCCAGGGGCUGUCGGUUAUCACGGGCAACCUUAACGACGCGGGGGAUAUCGAAAAGGCUUACGAUGGUAUCGACACGGUCAUCUCAUGCCUGGGGCGAGAUGUACUGGCGAGUCAGAUCGAAUUGCUCACGCUUGCAGAGAAGAGCAAGGACGUGCAAUGGUUCUUCCUUAGCGAAUAUGGCACGGACAUUGAAUACGACGAGUCGAGCAAAACCGAAAAGCCGCACCAGAACAAGCUCAGGGUCCGAGAAUUCAUCCGUGCCAAUAUACACAGAGUCGAAUGCACCUACCUCGUGACCGGACCGUACAUUGAUAUGUUCUUAACGCUGCUGCCUGGAAGCGAGGAGGCCGGCGGUUUCGACGUCGAGUCGAAGAGGGCCGUCGUUAUAGAAAGCGGAGACGACAAGGUCGGAUUCACGACUAUGCUCGAUGUUGGCAAGCUAGUGGUUGCGGCUCUUAGACACCCCUCGGCAUCGAAAGGCAAGAUCCUCAAGGUCCAAUCAUUUGUUACAACACCCAACGCCAUCUUGCGAGAGUUCGAGAAGCAGACCGGGGUGAAGUGGAAGGUUGAUCACACAACAAAUCAGAGGCUCCGUGAGCUCGAGUUGGAAAACUGGGAUACCGAUAGCCCGACAGCAACGCGCAUCACGUUGCGACGUAUCUGGGCUGAGGGCGGAACGUUAUACGAGAAGACAGAUAAUGAGAUACUAGGCGUUGUGUCGAGCGAUAUGGAAUCGCUAGCCGCUGUUGUAAAGCGAGCCGUGGAGGGUCGAGGAUAUCAGGGUAAACAACCUUCCCUGUAUUACAAACAGGAGACGGGCACCCAAGGUACAUAGAAGGCAACCAGAAUCCAGCGGUUGUGGUCAGUUGUCGCUAGAUGGUACCUAGGUACAUCCGAUGUCGAUCCGGAACCGGUAAAACCACGGGGUUUCUCCCGAUAUAGGCACAGGGCGCUGAUAAGGAUAAGAUACAGCGACAGCUUAACUGGGGCAAAAAAAAUUACCCAAGGCCCAGCA